AUGCGCCGUCGUAUCAUUAGGGAAGACGGCUUCGGCACCGACGACCCGUACAAUCCAUUGGCUGGCACGUCCAUUGGCUGGCACUUCCAAGACCGCUAUCUGAUCCUGGCUGCCUCGGUGAACACUAGCCUAGACUCUUCUCCCCCGCACCGCGCCAACGCAGACCUCGCCUACACCGCUCGCACAGAGAAUGACUCUCCAUACUACUCUCCUACGAGCGACGUAGAUAUGGACGAGGCCGCCGCCGCCACCGAAUCAACGAUCCAGGAUGUCGACUUUGGCCUGGCCGUAGGCAGCCUCGCGCUGUCUGCCGCCAUCCAAUGUCUGCUGUUCGUGCUGUUGUGGAAGGAGGUGCGGGUGGCGUCGUUGCUGCCGCCCUGCGAACGGAAUCGGGGUUCGCCGCUUGCGGUCCUCCUGAUCUUGCUUGCCUGCUCGGGCAUUAUAUUCAUCUGCCUCUGUGCUUCCGUGGUUGUCUUCUUCGCGGCCUGGGAAAGCAGGCCCCGCCCUGUCCAAACGCACCUGUCCUUGGCCAUCUUGGAGCUCGUGUCGGUUCUGUCCGUCCAGCUGGCUAUAGGCAAGGCCUGGGUCAUAUUCUGCAUCAUGUGCGCCCGGAGCCUCCUGAAUAAUCCCGUCUACUCGGCUGUCGUCGCGUUCGGGCUCCUCUACGCCAGCCACAUCGCCAUCGGGGUCGUGCUCCUGACCAGGCCCGAGAUCCGGAUCGGCAAGAAGCCACUCUACGAAGCCAUCCUAUGGUCUUCGGGCGCCUUGAUCUACGUCGCCGCCGCCGCCAUUGCUUCUCUUUACUACUGGAAGCUCAGCCUCGCGCCCAAGAACAAGCAGAGACUCGCUUUCCUGACCCUCGUGCGCUGA